UCAAACGUGUAAAGCGCUUGACAUCUCUGGCUGACGGUCGUGUUUCCUUCUCGUUUGCGGCAUAUUGAAUGACGUGAUCUCCAGCUUAUUUCAGCAGAGGACAUGAGGUUAUGGGAAACGCUUUGUUGAGCAGGAUCCACGGCUAGAAUAAAACACCUCUAAGAACUGAACGAGGCAUUGAGAGAGGACGAUUACAGUGGAUUUAAUGACACUCCAUCAAAGCAUCACAUUCUGAUCAAAAGAAACAUGGAUGGAUACCUGCCGACUCAGUUUUAUGCGUUGUCAGACCAUAAGAAGUUUUGUCAAGACAAUUCCCUCACGAUGGACCAAGGCACGCCAUACAGCAUAAACAUGAAUGUUUUUUUACCGGACGUCACUUACCUACGGACUGGCAUGUGUAGACCCGUGAGGUCUGCGGCGCAACAGAUAAAGACAGAACCUCUGCAUUCGUCUUUCAACCACUCCAGUUGCCACGGCUCGGUUGCACCCGCCAUUACGCAUCCAGAGUACACAAACCUCUACAGCCCAGCUACGGAAACGGGUAGCAAUGUUUACGUCAAGCAUGAGACGCCGUCCCUCGAAUUCCCAGAUGUUCCACUUUUUCAGCUGUUGAAUUCGGAGCUCGAGCCCAAUGGUGGCCACCCUUGCACAGAUUCCCACAAUGCCACAUGCCCUCCGAUGUCGACGUAUAAUGGCAUUCACACACACCCCAGCCGGAUUGCAGAACGACCGCAUUGUAAUAUGAGCAACAGUGGAUAUUCGCUACCUACCCAGUUUGGUCAGCAUCCUCAGAAGAGGGCGGCCUAUCUACCACCCUCCCCUCCAAACUCAGAACCGGGCAGCCCAGACAGGAGGAAAGAACUCAUACAGAACUUAUCGCCACCUCCGUCAUAUGCUGCCAGCAUGGCGUCUAAAAUGGCAGGUCUUACCCCUGGACCAGCACUUUCUGUCCAAACACAAGCAGUACCUGCCCAAUACAACCGCAGAAACAAUCCCGAUCUAGACAAAAGGAGAAUACAUCACUGUGAUGUACCAGGAUGUAAGAAGGUCUACACCAAGUCCUCACAUUUGAAGGCCCAUUUACGUACUCACACAGGCGAAAAGCCAUACAAGUGCUCAUGGGAGGGGUGCGACUGGCGAUUCGCCCGCUCUGACGAGCUAACGCGCCACUUCAGGAAGCACACGGGGGCCAAACCUUUCCAGUGCGCCGUAUGUAGCCGUUGCUUCUCCCGAUCGGACCACCUGGCCCUCCACAUGAAAAGACAUCAGAACUAGAGCCACCCGCUCUCGUUGUUCUGACGGUGCCGCGGGAGGGCUAUCAGGACCUCUGUUGAUGAUACUAAUUAGAAUUUGGGUGUGUUGGUUAAUCUUGGGUUUUGGCAGUUCAUCAGGUACAACGGGACCAAACCCUGCCGUCAGUACGGCUCCUGUGGUCACAAAACCAGCUAAUUGAUGAGAACUUGGCUCAUUUGCCAGAUGGGACAUUCUUUUGACAUGUUUGUUUGUUUGUCUGCAUACUUUGAGGUCAUCAUUUAUGACAUAACUACUUUUAAUGUGCCUUUUUUUACAUUGUAGAAUGGAGGUGCCAUGUAAAAUGUACAACGUUCAUGAACUUGUGGGC